AUGCCAGGCAACGUCGUCAUCAUCCGGGCUUAUACCUGGAAGAAAAGGAAGACGAGCACAGACAUCCUCAUCAUCGGUCAAGCGAUAGUUGACUUAAUUGCUAGCACUUUCUCACCUGUAGGCAAUUUUGUGCUGAUAGAUCUGGAGCUGAACGUCAAUCUCGGGUGUCUGACGGUAGCUCUCCGUUGGUUCUUAAAAGAAUUUUACACCCUUGCUUCGCUCUUUCUAACCUUGGCAAUCAGUGUCGAUCGCUACAUGGCUGUCUGUCGUCCAUUACGACGUCGGAUCACGGUACGAGCGUCGUGUAUCAUGGUAGCAGUAUGUAUUCUGUUCGCCAUCGUCACAAACAUCCCAUUCGUUACAUUCAGUGUAGUCGGUGACACUUUUUACGGAAGCGUCACGUGUGCAUCAUCGAUGCCGAAAGAGGCGACAUUAUCAUUCCAGAGUUUUUACUUCAUAUUGUUUUUCUUAUCUUUUGUAACAAUAUCUAUUAUGUACGGCCUCGUGUACCACUCUUUGCGGAAGAGGGCUAAGAUUCAUGCCGACCUGGUCAACAAUGGACAUGGCCUUUCUACGGUCAGUCAAGAUGUAGGUAUCGGUACUUCUUCGACAGGCCGUGAGACGGAACUACCGUGCAGAGACACCGGUAUCCUUGGCAAAGGAUCUGUAAUGAAACAUCCUAACACUCGAGACAACGUCCAUAAUGCCUUUAAUAGAAACGACCAUUCUUUGACAAGUCCGGUAUCUUCGUUUCCAAAAAUAGCCGAAGAGGGCCACGAUGAAGGUGAGAGCCAUUUCUUGAAUGCAGGAGACACUAACAUACGAUCUCCCCCACCACUAGGUUCAUCUUCACAGCUCUCUGUUCCUGUAGCUGUUCCACCGAAGUCGACUAACAACAAAAAGUAUUCUGAUCAUGGUCGGAAAACUACUCGUAUGCUUCUCAUCAUAACAGCUUUCUUCUUCGUAACGUGGACCCCUAAACUAAUUAUCCCUGUUUUGCCGAUAUUGCUUUGGCGUCGAUUCCCUAUCGUCAUCAACAUUCUGUUAGAUCUCGCGCUCCUCAACCACACCGUUAACUUCUUCGUGUAUUAUCUUGUCAACAACAGCUUCAGAAAUGAUGUUGAGGAAUCUUUUAAAUUUUGUAGAUUUGCCAAAUAA